AUGCCUGCACUCACAACCAAGCCCAACAUCCUCCUCAUCCUCGCCGACGACCUCGGCUUCUCUGAUCUGGGUUGCUUCGGCGGAGAAGUCGCAACUCCCAACCUUGAUGGUCUCGCCAAGGAGGGCAUGCGUCUCUCUGGCUUUCACACAGCGUCAGCGUGCUCUCCAACUCGCUCGGUGCGCCCCAGUGCAGUGAUGCUCUUCUCGGGCACAGACAACCACCUCGCGGGACUUGGCCAGAUGGCCGAGACGAUCUCGCGAAAUGAAGUGUUCCAGGGCAAGGCCGGCUACGAGGGCAUGCUCAAUCAGCGGGUCGCCGCCUUGAGCGAGAUCCUCCAGGACAACGGCUACGGGACCUACAUGAGCGGCAAAUGGCACCUCGGCAUGACGCCCGACAGCCUUCCUCACGCUCGCGGGUUCGACCGCGUCUUUGGUCUCCUCCCAGGCGGCGGCAACCACUACGGCUAUGAGCCGUACCUCGACGACGGCACGCCUGCCGUCAAGGUUCUCCCGCCAAUCUACGUCGAGGACGGCAACUUUGUCGACCACCGCACCUUUGCCAAACCUUUCUACUCGACCACGACCUUCACGAACCGCAUGCUCGGCUAUCUCGAGGAACACGACUCGACCAAGCCUUUCUUUGCGUACUUGCCGUACACUGCGCCGCACUGGCCGCUGCAGGCGCCGCCCGAAAUUAUCGCCAAGUACCGCGGGAAGUACGACGACGGACCUGAGGCGCUUCGACAACGCCGACUCGCAGCGCUCAAGCGGGAAGGGCUCAUGGACGAGGAUGUCACGUCGCUGCCGAUCGUGUCGACGUUCGAGGACAAGCCCUGGGACGAGAUGACGGGGGAGGAAAAGGCCGUCUCUGCGCGCAAGAUGGAGGUGUACGCGGCAAUGAUCGAGGUCAUGGACGCCGAGAUUGGCCGCGUCGUCUCGUGGCUCAAGGAGACCGGCACCUACGAGUCGACCUUCAUCUUCUUCUGCAGCGACAACGGCGCCGAGGGAGCCAUGCUCGAGGCGCUUCCUGUCCUCGGCGAAGAGUUCCAGAAGACGAUCGAGCGCUUCUUCGACAACAGUCUCAACAAUAUCGGCCGCUACAACUCGUUCACGUCGAUCGGACCCGCUUGGGCGCAGGCUGCCACGGCGCCGAACCGGAUGUACAAGGCUUGGAUCACCGAAGGCGGCAUCCGCUGUCCUGCACUCCUCCGCUACCCGAACUUCCGCAACGGCGAGAUCUCGCACGAGUUCUGCACCAUCAUGGACAUCCUUCCUACCAUUCUCGAGAUGGCCGACAUCACUCAUCCUGCUCCCGAGUACCGCGGCCGCAAAGUUCUCCAGCCGCGCGGACGCUCGUGGGUCAGAUACUUGACGAACAAGGCCGAGUACGUCCACGACGACAACGCUGUGCACGGCUGGGAACUCUUCGGACAGUCUGCUAUCCGCCAAGGGCCCUGGAAAGCCGUCUGGAUCCCCGGCAAAGACGCCAAAUGGAGCCUCUACAACCUCGCCUCGGACGCCGGCGAAACUCGCGACCUCGCCAACGACGAGCCAGAGCGCCUGACAGAGAUGGUGCGGCUUUGGAGGGACUACGAAGCGGAGACGGGAGUGGUCAGGCUGGAUCCGGACCAGGCGUUCGCAUUGCGUGGGUACGGGUUCUACCGAGGGACGGAGCAGUGA